AACACCCAUUGCCAAGCCUUAUCAUUGUGAAGAAGAAGAAGAAGAACCCUACAACACGUGUAUUUAAUUAAAACAUUAAAUUAAAUCUUGUAAAAUUAAUUUUUUAAACAAAUACAAUGCCUAAGUUAAGGAAACAACGACGUAAACAGGUUUACCGAUACAACGUAAAUAGAAAAAGAAUGCGAAAUAAGCAAUUUAAAACGCCAACAAUAGGAUGUAAAGAAAUUAAAAACGCUUGGGAUAAUAAAAAGUCAAUACAAACGAAUUUAAAAGAAAUGGGAUUAUCUUAUGAUCCUAAUGUAACGUUGGGAGUGCCAAAUUUUAAGAAAACGCUUAAAUCUCAAAUUGUUGUUGAAGAAGGAGAUUGGAUUGAAGAAGAAAUUAAGGAAUCUGUUGUGCCGAGUAAACAAUAUGUGGUUGAGAAGAUAAUUGAAGAUGCCAAAGCACCAAGGGAGAAGCUGUUUAGAUUACCUAAAGGACAAGUUGAAUAUGUUACUUAUUUUAUGGAUAAAUACGGAGAUGAUUAUAAAGCAAUGGCACGGGAUAAAAAAAAUUAUUAUCAGGAUACAUGGAAACAAAUUCGGGCUAAAAUUAAAAGAUUUGUGUCUAUCCCUGAACAAUAUGGGGCAUAUUUAAAGAGUAAAGGAUUAAGUGAAGAUGAAAUUACCACCAAGUUUAUUAAUACUAAUGAUGAUAGCGAAUAAAAUAUUUUUUUGUAUUUAA